AUGUCUGUCUGUGCGCUAGAAAGUGCCGCUGAAGCUGGACGCCCACUGGACACGGAGAAGAUGCCUGAUGCUCAAAACCAUGGACCAGCAUCGGCCAGUGGUCCUGAUGAAUCGGGUUCUCAAUACCCCUAUCUGAGGGGGAUUCCUUUGUAUAAUCUCAUCACAGCUCUAAUUGUGGGAAUGCUGCUCCUGGGCCUGGAUAUAAAUGUGGUCGCAACAGCCGUUCCCACAAUCUCGAACUACUUUGACAGUUUUAAGGACGUGAACUGGUAUGGUUCGGCCUUCCUUCUGGCUCUAUGUGCAACGCAACCGCUUGCAGGCAAGAUGUAUACUUUAUUCCCCUUGAAAUACCUGUAUGUCGGUUUUAUGGCCAUCUUUGAGCUCGGAAACCUCAUCUGUGCGCUCUCAACGUCAAGCAACAUGGUCAUCGCUGGCCGGACUGUUGCAGGGUUCGGGGCUUCAGGCCUUUUCAAUGGAGCAGUCGUUAUUCUGACAGCGUGCUCCCCUCCCAAGAUUCGACCUCUUGUAACAGCUUGUGGAAUCUCUAUGAUCGCAAUAGGGGGUAUUGUUGGCCCACUGGUUGGGGGUGCCUUUACUGAGCAUGUCAGCUGGCGUUGGUGCUUUUGGGUUUUCCUCCCAUUUGGUGGCGUCACCAUGCUCAUUAUGCUGGUUCUCCGCGUCCCCGAGCAAACGACCAAGCCACCUAUGAGCUCGGUUCUCGUCAAACUUCCCAGAGAGCUCGAUCUCUUGGGCUUUGCUCUCUUCGCCAUUGCCUGUACCAUGUUUCUGACUGCCAUCAAUUGGGGUGGAGCAACCUACCCCUGGAGCUCGGCAAAAGUGAUUGGUCUUCUCUGUGGAAGUGGUGGUAUACUGGCACUCUUCAUCACAUGGGCUAUCCAUCAGGGUGAGGAAGCCUUAAUUCCACCUCAUAUUCUUCGCGAGCGGAAUCUUUUCUUUGGCUGCUGGAUCUCCGGUCUGCAAGGCGGCGCCACCAUCAUGGUGGGUUACUACCUACCUUUAUGGUUUCAGGCUAUCAAGGGAGCCUCGCCGACCGAUAGUGGCCUCAUGAUGCUGCCGACAAUGAUAAGUCAGAUCCUAGGUUCAAUGACAUCGGGCGCACUUGUUCGCAAGCUCCAUUACGUUCCCCCUUGGGCGAUCAUCGGUAGUGUGAUGACAGCAGUCGGAUCCGGACUCAUGACCACAUUCACAGCAGAUACGAGCAAGGCAAAGUGGAUCGGUUAUCAGAUCAUUGCAGGGUUCGGACGGGGUGCAGCGUUGAACACGCCCAUCGUCGCAAGCCAAGAAUAUCUAAGCGCCGACUCCAUUGCUAUUGCCAGUUCUGCUAUUGCUUUGUGUCAAUAUCUGACUGGGUCCAUUGCCAUCUCCGUGGCGCAAACUAUCUUCCAGAAUGGCUUGACGCCAGCUCUGGAAAAGUACGCGCCCAAUGUUGAUCCAGCUGCUGGCGCUACAGGAUAUGCCGAUGUUUACCUGCUGACCAGCUCCCUGGAGUUCGAUUCGCGUAUAAUAAAGCAUUGGUCAAGGUCUUUGUGA